CUCGCGUCGCGCCGUGGUGUUCCGGCGCGGAGAGUAGCUCAACCGUCGCGACGUGUGUAGUCGGACAGUUUACACGGCACGAAAAAAAAUUCUGGAUUUGUUUUUUUUUUUUGGCAAGUCAGCGAGUGCGCGUGUGUGCGUCGAGUGUGCGACAGUGUGUGGCAGUGUGCGGGUGAUUGUGCUGGCGGCGGACUAACGUGAUUGGAUGACAGUGUGCCCAUUGAGUGGAUCAUCCUGCUGCUUUGUGGCCGUCUCGGCGUGCCGUCUCAGCGUCUCGCGCCCGGCGAAGCGGAGUGGGGACGCGGUGCCAGGGAUACUUCGGUCGCUUUCUUUUGGAGAUGAGGUGACAUGCCGCCCUCCAUGGACCUGAACGAGUCCCGCGUCCCGGUCCUCGGCGGCGUCCCCGGCGGCGUCCCGGGCGCCGCCCUGGCCGCCGAGCGCGCGGACUGGGACUACGACGGACUGAACGGGUCGCUGGCCCGUAACGCCUCCCUGCUGGAGUUCCCCGCCGAGGACUACGUCUUCGACCGGGCGGACGUCCGGGCGCUGUUCAUCGUGCUGUACACGCUCGUGUUCUGCUGCUGCUUCUUCGGCAACCUGCUGGUCAUCAUCGUGGUCACGCUGUCGCGCCGCCUGCGCUCCAUCACCAACUUCUUCUUGGCAAACCUGGCCGUGGCCGACCUGUGCGUCGGCAUGUUUUGCGUCUACCAGAACCUCUCCACCUACCUGGUGCAGAGCUGGGUGCUCGGGGACCUGGUGUGCAAGCUGUACCACUUCGUGCACAGCCUCAGCUACACGGCCUCCAUCUUCAUCCUGGUGGUGAUCUGCACCGAGCGCUACUUCGCCAUCAUCCACCCCAUCACGUGCAAGCAGAUCCUCACCCCGCGUCGCCUCCGGAUCGUGAUGCUGUGCGUGUGGGUGCUGUCGGCGCUGUACUCGUCGCCGCGCUUCUUCUGGGUGCAGACCAUCUCGAUGCGCCUGGGCCGCUCGGGCAGCACCGAGACCAUCUGCAUCUCGCACCGCCAGAAGUACAACUCGGAGACGUUCGACAUCAUCAACUUCGGGCUGCUGUACGCGGCGCCGCUGGCCGUGAUGCUGCUGCUGUACACGCGCAUCGCGCUGGUGCUGUGGGACGCGGGCCGCGGGCCGCCCGGCAUCCACCACCACCCCAGCCACCAGCGCAGCCGCAACGGCCGCUCCUACCACGUGUCCGCCAGCCAGAACAUCCUCAAGGCGCGGCGCGGCGUGGUGCGCAUGCUCAUCGUCGUCGUGCUCACCUUCGCCAUCUGCAACCUGCCGUACCACGCGCGCAAGAUGUGGCAGUACUGGUCGGCCAGCUACGAGGGCGACUCCUCCUUCAGCAGCCUCUUCACGCCCGCCACCUUCCUGCUCACGUACUUCAACUCGGGCAUCAACCCGCUGCUCUACGCCUUCCUGUCCCGCAACUUCCGCAAGGGCAUGCGCGAGCUGCUGCUGUGCCCGUCCAGGGAGAAGGGCCGGCCCCUGGCGCCGCAGUCCUCCAUCACCAGGAAGACGUCGGUGCGGUCCGCCACCAAGCUGUACACGGCCGCCGCCGCGCACCACGCGGCCCACAACCUGGCGCUGGCCAACGAGCACAGCGGCUAGGCUCAGGGCACUCCGCCACUGGGAACGCGGCUUUCGUGCGUCGACCACUUGAACUAGGCUAAAGAAAGGAACAAGUUUCUUCUCGAACGUGGCUGUAUAUCAGAGACCGUCAGCCAUGUUCGUGGAGAUUCUUCUUCUUCUGUCACCUAGUCCGAGUCGUCUAUUCUCGAGUUUCCACGUUCGCUAACCUGACCUAACUAGAUAAACUCUCACGGCUGUGCUCACUGUGCAGUCAUUCCUGCCAAAGAUAUGUGUGUGUGCGUGUGUGCGCGUGCGUGUGUGUGCGUUAGUUUUCUUGAGGCGCUUCACUUCGCCUGUGUGUUCGCCGUGUGUUUCAAUCUCUGUGAUAUUCUCUCUCGUUAAGUCGUACCAGCACAGGCCUUUCGCCUGAGCUACCACCGGCUGCACUUUACUUAGGAAUUAGAUAUUAAAAACUUAAUCAAUUACCUAUUGUGUACAUAGUAUAUUAUCGUCUUUAUUAAAAAUAAAGGAAUUAUAUUAGCUCUAGGUAUACGCAGCACGUGUUUAGCCAGCAGGGCUGCGCGAGCCCGCCAAUGCUGUUAGGCCGUAGCUGUUGAAAGUCAAGCUAGAAGGUCGAGACGAUGACGGACUGCUGUGUCGUGUGAUUCGAGUGUACAACUAUUGCUCUAGUCAGCCAUGUAAAAUUAUCGUUAACAAUAAAGAAUACGACGUCCUUUUUUA